AUGUCCGUUCUUCUCGAAACCAGCGCGGGCGACAUCGUAAUCGACCUACUGGUCGACUACGCGCCCAAGAUGUGCGAAAAUUUCCUAAAGCUCUGCAAAGUCAAAUACUACAACUUCUCCCCGAUCCAUUCCGUCCAGAAGUCCUUCUCCUUCCAGACUGGCGACCCUCUGGGUCCUAUGGCCCCCCAAUCCGACGGAGGCACCUCGAUAUGGGGCUUGCUCUCCGAUAAUGCGGCCGACCGAACAUUCACUGCACUUUUCCAUCCGAAGCUGAAACAUCUCGAGCGAGGCACCGUCAGCAUGGCGACAGCACCACACCCGUCCGACGCGGAUCAACGUCUGGCUGGCUCUCAGUUCAUUGUCACGUUGGGUGACAACACAGAUUAUCUAAACGGAAAAGCGGCCAUAUUCGGGAAAGUGGUGGAAGGUUUCGACGUGCUUGAGAAGAUCAACGACGCCAUCAUUGACGAGCGCGGGCAUCCACUUGUCGACAUACGCAUCAAACACACUGUGGUUCUCGACGACCCUUACCCUGAUCCUCCGGGAUUGCGAGAACCCUCCAGCUCGCCAGCCCCAACAAAGGCACAGCUCGCCACGGUGCGCAUCGGCGAGGAUGAGGAACUACUGGACGAAGAGGCCAACGAGGAAGCAGCCGCCGCGGCCGAAAAGAGGAGGAAGGAACGGGAAGCUGCCGCCCAGGCGCUGACCCUAGAGAUGAUGGGCGACCUGCCGUUCGCUGAGGUCAAGCCCCCAGAAAACGUCCUCUUUGUCUGCAAGCUGAACCCCGUCACGACGGAUGACGACCUGGAAUUGAUCUUCAGUCGCUUCGGCAAGAUUCUAAGCUGCGAGGUGAUUCGGGACCAGAAAACGGGGGACAGCUUGCAAUACGCCUUCAUCGAGUUCGAGGACCAGAAGAGCUGCGAGGAUGCCUAUUCCAAGAUGGACUCAGUCCUGAUCGACGACCGCCGAAUCCACGUCGACUUUAGUCAAAGUGUGAGUCGCCUAAGCGACGUUUGGCGCAACGAGACGAACACAAAACGGAAGAGCGCCGCCCGAAGAGGCGGUGGUGGUUGGGGAGGUGUCAAAGAGUUGGAGAAGCGCCGGCAGUACCGCAACCAAGACCUUGAGCCUGAAGACGACAGGGGUUAUCGAAUGGUGCACGGGAUGGAAGACAUCCGCGGCCGCCAUGGAAAAGACGAGGAUAUUCCGAGAAACGGCCCGAGAAACCAGAUCUCUGGUCGAAGAGAAGGAACCAACCAGCGGCCAGAGCGCUCGCCGGAACGAUAUGGCCAUGGAUAUAGGCCUGGGCCUGUUGACAGGAAACGUGAUGUGGAACGGCGCAGCCGCAGUCCCAGGAGGGAUCGCUACAGGGAUAGCGGGCAUGACCGGCCGGCACCCGCUGGGCGACGCAGGGACGACAGGGAAUGGUCCCGCCGAGAUCGACGAGACUCCGAUCGUGAUCAAGGCAGCUGGAAGGAGAGGGAUAGGUACCGCGGACGCGACGAUUACGGGGGCAGAUGA